AGGUUUUCUGAGUGAGAUCUGUCUGAGCAGUCCAGAGUCUUAAAGAGACAUUAGACUGUAUGGAGCCUGAGGAAGACCCUGAAGUCAUGAGCAGGAGUGUCAAACAGGAUAGAGUGGAGUCUCCUGCUCCCAGCUGUCUGUCUAUGAAGAGUGACAGGUCAAUGGGCCAAGACAUCAACUUCAGUCGAGGAGCCUGUCCCCAUAAUCUAAGUAUAAAACAGGAGAGAGUGGAGUCUCCUGCUCCCAGCUGUCUGUCUAUGGAGAGUAACAGGUCAAUGGGCCAAGACAUCAACUUCAGAGCAGGAGUCUGUCCCCCUGAUCCAAGUGUCAGUCUGCUGACUGAGGAUCAGUUCAGAUGCUCUGUGUGUUCAGAGGUGCUGAGGGACCCGGUCUCCAUUCCCUGUGGACACAGUUACUGCAGGCAGUGCAUCAGCACAUACUGGGCCCAGCCCGGCCCUGCAGGAGACUAUGUGUGUCCCCAGUGCAGUAAGAGAUCCAGAGCCCGGCCUGUGCUCUACACUAACACAGCCUUGGCCAGGGUCCUCCAGGGGCUCCAGCAGGCAGGCUUCAGUCCUGCCCUCCCUGCUCUGAGCUACGCUGGGCCUGGGGACGUGGCCUGUGAUAUCUGCUCUGGACAGAAGCUCAGAGCGGUCAAGUCCUGUCUGACCUGCACUGUCUCCUACUGUGAGAGCCACGUCAGGCAGCACUACACCGUCCCAGCACUGCAGAGACACACCCUGGCUGAGGUCACUGGAGACGGGGGACACAAAUCUGGAAAGAUAGAGAGCAUCAAAGAGGAGGAGACUAUGGAGACUGAGACUGAGGAGGAGAGGGAGAGGGUCUCUAAAAAGAUGAUGGAAGUUAAAGAGGCGGCAGAAUAUUCUUAUGAGAAGAUUUCUGAUCUGAAGAAUACAAUCAGUGAGCUGAAGAAGGAGAUCUCUGAGCUGAAUAGCUCUAAGUCAGACUUGGAGCAGGAGAUCUCUAAACUAAAACAUGAUGUUGGUGAGCUCAGUAAAAAGAAUGCUGUGCUAAAACAAGAGGCAUCAUUUGAGAAAGAACUGAUGGACAUCAGAACUGCUGCUCUGAAUAAGACCAUAGCUACUCUCAGCUCAGACCCACAGCAACAAAGAGAGGCUGAGUAUGUGAGAAUAAACCUGAAGAAUAUGAAGAUGGACUAUGGUUAG